AUGAAGCAUCACCGAUAUCUCAUUGCCUGCGUCUUACCGCUACUGUUUCCUCUAUCCAUUUGGGCGGAAGACAAUGCUCAGCAUUAUCUGGCCAAAGGCAACGAGUUUCUCACCACUGGUCAGUUCAACGACGCUGUCAUAAACUUUGACGCUGCCAUCUCGCGCGAUCCUGACAAUUACCUGUCGUACUUUAAGCGGGCCAUGGCGUAUCUGUCCAUGGGACGAAAUAAUGCCGCAGUGGAUGACUUCUCUAAAAUUCUUACUCUCAAACCCGACUUUGACAAGGCACUCUUGCAGCGCGCACGAAUUUAUGCCAAAGAAGGUCAAUUCCAACUCGCCAAAACCGAUUUACAAAAGUAUUUGAAAUCGUCGGCCAAAGAUGCAAACGCCAAAGCAUUGCUUGAGUCUGUAGAAAAAGCCGAGUCUUCGCUUACCCUGGCGGAAAAGAAAAGGUCACUGGGUGAAUACGAUGAAUGCAUUGAACUGGUGUCUUCCGUGGUGCAGACCUCGCCUCAAUUGGCCCGAGUUCGAUUGUUGGCAGCUCAAUGUCAUAUUGCCAAAGGCGCCAUUGAUGAAGCAGCGGGUGAUUUAGCACGUGCGGCUCAUUUGACGCCCUCGGAUCCGCAGCUUUUGACCCGGUUAGCGAAAAUCAAUUACUUUUCGUUGUACGAACCUCAGGGCGCUCUUUCGCAUGUCAAGCAGUGUCUUCAUUACGAUCCGGAACAGAAAGAAUGCAAAAAAUUGUUCCGUCUUAUCAAAAAGUUGGAAAAGGAAUUGACGACGAUUCGCAACGAUUACAGCAGCAAGAAAUACGCCACAGCGGCCAACAAGCUGAUUGGAACGAGCAGUAAAAGAGGAUUGAUUGCCGAUGCUGAUGAACAAAUGCAGAGCUUGGAGAAGGAGCUGGAUGCGGUCCAGAAAAUGCCAAAAAAUUUGCACGUGCAGAUCUAUGAAUUGGCGUGUAAAAUAUUUGGGGAACAAAAGAGCAAAGAUGCGGGCAAGGUCGAAAAAUGGUGUUCGGCAGUCUUGUCUUUGAAUGAAAACAACGUGGAUGCAUUGAUUUACCGCGGUGAAGUGAAAUUGGAAGCAAACGAAUUUGAAGCUGCUGUCAAAGAUCUUCACCAGGCCAACGAAGUCUCUGAAGGACGCAAUCACCGUGUGCGCCAAUUACUGCAGCGUGCUCAACAAAUGCUGAAACAGAGCAAACGCAGGGAUUACUACAAAAUUUUGGAUGUUUCAAGGAACGCUGACACACGCGAAAUCAAAAAGGCGUAUCGCAAGAAAGCGCAUGAGUGGCAUCCCGAUAAGUACAGCGGAGAAAUGAAUCGAGAACAAGUGGAGCAAAAGAUGGCCGAAAUCAACCAAGCUUAUGAAGUACUAAGCAAUGAUGAUUUACGGCAGCAAUACGAUAAUGGGUUCGAUCCUUAUGACCCCGAAAACGGUCAGAGAGGCGGCGGUGGCGGUCCUGGUGGCCAUCCCUUCCAUGGACAAAAUCCGUUUGCCCACUUUCAGGGUGGUUUUCCAUUCGGUGGUGGAUUCCCUGGUGGAAAUGGUCAGCCCUUUAGCUUCAAGAUGCAGUUUUAA